AUGGACAGAAUUAGCAACAAAGAGGACAUCACUCUAAUUUGGUUUGAUUCCAAGAUGAAUUCCAAUAAUCAUGUAGAACAAACAAAGAAACAAUUACGUCAAAUUCUUGAUUAUGUUAUAUUCCAUACUCAACUCGAAUCUUGCAUUACUUUCAUUCAAUCGAUUCAUAAUGAAAAAAUCUUCUUUAUCUCUUCCAUUUAUGAUGCAUUGCAAAUAUUAUCUCAUAUUAAAAAUCUAUCUCAAAUUGACAGCAUCUUUGUUUUCAACUGGGAAAAAGUCGAUCAUAAAAAUUUAGUUCUUAAUCAUUCAAGAUUUAUCGGUAUCUAUGAUGAACUCGAUUUAUUGUGUGUAUCAAUACAAGAGCAAGUUGAUUAUCUCGAUCAACAUUUGCAUAUAUUCAGCUUUUUUGAUCAAAAUGAACACUGGGCAAAAGAUCUUUCAAAACAAACUGCUGAUUUUCUUUGGUUUCAACUUUAUCAUGAUGUUCUCUUUCAAUUAACACACAAUGAAGAAGCUAAACAAGAACUGAUCGAUGCAUGUCGUUCCUAUUAUCGAGAUAAUGCGAAAGAAUUACAAAUGAUUAAGAAAUUUGAAAAUGAAUAUCGAUCAGAAGAAGCUCUUCAAUGGUAUCUUAAAAAAUCAUUUCUUCACAAAAUCAUCAACAAAGCAUUGAGAACCAAAGAUUUUGAUCAACUGGAUACGUUUCGGUAUUUUAUGAGAGAUUUGACGAAAAAUUUCGUUCAAGAACAUCAAAAAAAGGUUCAGUCUGGUAAAGAAAUACGAUUUCUCUAUCGAGGAAUAAAAUUAACAAGUGAUGAAAUUGAGAAAUUCAAAGAGAACACUGGUAAACUGGUUUCAAUCAAUGGAUUUUUCACAACAAGUAGUCUUCGUUCAACUUCAUUGAACCAAGCGAUGAAACCUUCAAGAACAAAUGAUUUCAUUCCUGUUCUCUUAGAAAUCCAAUUCAAUCUACAGAAUUUGAGUAACAGUGCCAUUGUUGCUAACACCGUUCAUUUUAGUAAAUUACCAUGUGAAGAACAAGAAGACAUUAUCUUCGAUUCAAAUGCCACUUUUCGAUUGGAGAGUGUAAAAAUGGAAGAUGACAUAUGGUUGAUUCAAAUGAUUGCAUCAAAUGAGGGUCAAAUCAUCAAAGACAAAUAUAUCAAAGAUUCACAUCGUCAAAUGGAAGAUCUGAGUAUUAAAAUUCUCUUUGGACGAUUGAUGUGUGAUAUGGGUCAAUGGGAUCAGUCACAACACUUCUUUCAACAUUUGUUGAACAAUUUGAACAGUAACAAUGAAGAUCUUGCGAUGGUUGAAUAUAGUCUUGGUGAAGUUCUUCAAUGGAAAGGUGAAUGGAGUGAAGCAAGGAAAUAUUAUGAUCAUGUUUAUGAUCGGAUAAUGCAUGUAAAACCAACACGGGUCAAGAAUUCAGCUAAUAUACUCCUCAAUAUUGGUGAAAUUCUCUAUCUACAAGGAAAGUAUGAAGAAGCUUGUGAUUAUUAUGAACAAGCAUUGGCACUGCGAAAGAAAAUCUACCCCGCUACCAAGAUUGAUAGACCUAAUCUACCGACUCAUCAACACAGCAGUUUACUGAGUCGUGUUUGUACAUCGUUCUGGUAUGUUUUAUUGGCAUCUAGCAGAUUCUUUCAAUCAUAUACCGGAUGGUUUUGGACUAGAUAUUUUCUAGGAAUUUAUCGUUGGUUCCUUCCGAAACAUGCGGCAAACAGGAUGGAACUUGUUGACGCACAGUCAAACAGAACUCAAUUACAAGAAAUGUGUCAAAACUUACAGGAAAGUGGUUCGUUACAACUGAGCAAAACUCCGUUGGAUGGUCAUGUGCCUAUCGCUACUAGUCUCAAUAGCUUCGGAAAAAUCCUCUUUCGACAAGCAAAGUAUGAUGAAGCAGUGAUCUUUCAUAAACAAGCAUUGACUUUACUCGAAGAAUAUUAUCAUUCUACUCAUAUCAAUAUCGCUGUUACUCUUAUGCAUAUCGGUCAUGUUCUUACAUAUCAAAGAAAGUACGAUGAAGCCCUCGAUUACUGUCAACGAGCAAUGUCAAUCUAUGCAAACUAUUAUCCAAAUGGUCAUAUAUACAUCGCAUCCACCCUCAACCAUAUCGGUUACAUUCUCUAUCUCGACGGCAAGCAUGAUGAAGCUCUGACGACUCAUAAACGAGCAUUGGCAAUGCUACAAGAGUAUUAUCCAUUUGGACAUGUCGAUAUAGCUUAUACUCUUUCUGGAAUAGGAAAUACUCACUGUAGACAAGGAAAAUAUGAUGAAGCUCUCACAUUUUAUCAACAAAUGCUGGAAAUAUCACAAAAAUAUUAUUUUUCUGGUCAUGACGACAUUAUUUGUGCUCUAAACAACAUUGGCUAUAUACACAGGGAACAAGGAAAGUAUGAUGAAUCUCUUGAUUUUUAUCGACAAGUACUAGCACUUCAAGAGAACUAUUAUCCAUUGUAUUAUGCAAACAUCGCUUACACUCUCAAUCAAAUUGGUAAUGUUCUCAUUGAACAGAAAAAAUAUGAUGAAACCUUGAAGUUUCAUCAACAUGCACUCGAACUGCAAGAGAAAUAUUAUCCAAAUGGUCAUGCAGAUAUUGCGAUAACUUUCAAUAAUGUUGGCAGAACAUUUCGUCAACAAGAAAAAUUCGAUAAAGCGAUUGAAUAUCAUCAAAGAGCAUUAGAAAUUCAAGAGAAAUAUUAUCCAUCAGGAAGUGUUAUCUUAGCUGAUACUAUCAAUUGUAUUGGUCAUGUUCUAUACGAUGAAGAAAAGUAUGAUGCGGCAAUUGACUAUUAUCGACGAGCACUUUCGAUACAAGAGAACUUUUAUUCUGAUGAUUAUAUCGAAACUUCUCAUACUUUCAGCUUCAUUGGUAACACUCUAUAUAAACAGAAGAAGUACGAUGAAGCACUUCAAUUUCAUCAAAAAUCCUUAACUAUUCAAGAAAAUCAUUACGAAUCUACUCAUAUCGACAUCGCGAGAAGUCUGAAUUCUAUUGGUAAUGUAUUAUAUAGCCAAGAGAAAUAUGGUGAAGCUAUUGAUUUCUAUCAACGAUCAUUAGCUAUUCGAGAGAAAUUUCAUCCAUUUGAUUAUGCUGGUAUCGUUAUCGUUCUUAGUAAUAUUGGGAAUGCUCUGUAUGGGCAAAGAAAGUAUGAUGAAACUCUUGACUUCUAUCAAAGAGCACUAACAAUUCGAGAGAAAUUUGACGCCAACAAUCAAGUUGGUAUUGUGGAUAGCCUGAUAAACAUCUCCAAUGUUUUAAGAGAUCAACGAAAGUACAAUGAAGCUAUCGAAUUUCAACAACAAGCAUUGAUGAUACAAGAACAGAAUUAUCCUUCUGAUCAUGUGAACAUUGCUUAUAGUUUGAGUAAUAUCGCUAAUAUGCAAAGAUGGAAAGAUGAGCAUAAUCUCUCUCUUAUAUGUGAACAGAAUUGUUUCUUAAUGCGUCUCAAACUUCUACCACCAGAUCAUGAGAACAUUGGCCAUAGUUUAUCAAACAUAGGUCAUAUUUACGAAAAUCUUGAUAAAACUACGUUGGCACUUGAUUAUUAUCAUCAAGCAUUAGCUAUCUACACGAAAUGUCUGCCUUCUUCUCAUUAUAAUCUAUGCACGAUGCAGUCGAACAUUGAACGACUUUCAGAAGAACUUUGA